AUGGCUACCGUGAACAACAUUGUUGCCACGGCGGAUUUGAACUGCCAGUUGGAUCUCGACCAAAUCGAAGACAAGAUACCAAUGGCGCACUACGACCCACCGGAAAAGUCAACUUUCUCGGUGGAAAGUCCGCUGACGAUAUCGACCAUGGGCUGCAGCAGCUCACCCGUUACAUUGCCCGGAACUAAACUGGAUAGAACAAAGUCAGCGGCUGCCGUAUGUAUGGACUGCGGAGGCAAAUGCGACCGGGUCCGUGGCGCCAUGGCCUUGCGAUACCGACCGCCAUGCGCUAGUCGUCAAGGAUUCGUUGACCCGACCCACCGUUGCCCGCGGUGCGGCUACGUAUGUUUCAACUACCCCUCGAAAACUACCGAUGACAAUAAAUCAACUACUGGCGAAGACGUUUGCGGACCGUACAGUACCUUUCGCAAUGCUGACCCGCUCCAGCCCAAGAAACCAAGUAUGGCCAACUACAACGUCCGGCUGGCCAGCUUCACUGCAUGGCCCAAGAUCCGAUUUCAGCGGGAACAGGACAUGGCGGCGGCGGGCUUUAUUUUUCUUGGACCUAAUGACCGCGUCGAAUGCUUUUCGUGUGGUCAAGUGGUGGAGGCGUGGCACCCUGAUGAUGAUGUUUGGGAAGAACAUGCUAGAAUUGCACCUUAUUGCCAGUUUGUAUUGCAAACGAAGGGUGAUCAGUUCAUUGAUAUUGUCUUGGAGAAAUUCAAAAAGCGUGUUCUGUUUUAUUACUGA